UAACUAUGGAUUAAUUCACACCGAUUCUGGAAUUUCCUUAUCAAUAUGAAGUGAUGUUCUAACUAAUACUUGUUUUGAAAACUUAAGAACUAUUUAAUUAAAGGUAGACUGCACACAUGACACGCCAGACGUAUGGAUGGCAUGCCCAGUGACCACGUAAAAUAAUAGCCGUCAGACACGGACACAACUAUAAUGACGUUUUUCUGGUGAAGGUAGAGCUACAGUUAUGAAGGUCCUUACUGUUGGCUGCAUCCUAGGAUGGCUGGGAUUAGCAUAUUCGUAUCACCUGGCUCCACCUGUAAACCCAACACGAAAAACUACAACGCCCACACCCAAACCAACUACUACCACAGUCCCAGUCGAAUACGAGGCACCGGAAAUAGAGGGGCCUGUGUCGACAACCACAACAGUUGCAACGACAACAACCACCACUACUAAAAAACCUACAACGCGUGCGCACGGGCAUGGUCCACACCAUGGAGGAUACUAUGACCAAUACGGCCAAUAUCACUACGGCCCGUAUUAUAACCCACACAGUGACCCAUAUGGAGGAUAUCGUGCGCCUUAUGACCCCUAUGGGCGUCAUGCAAGCCGGGCGCCACAUCCAAAUCAGGCGCCAUAUCCCAGUCAAGCACCCCAUGGUUCAGGGGCACAACAUCCUUAUACAGACCCAUACGCGCCACAAUACGACCCUAGUACGGGACAUUACUCGAACCCUAAUUAUGGGGCCGGUAAAGGUCUAAAACCUAAUGGACAGUCGGCACUGAUGGACCAGCUUUCAAUAACCAAAUCUCCGCGACCAAGUGAAACUCCAUCUGGCAGAAAUUCUGGAAGAUGGAUUGAAAUGCGAGCAGCUAAUGAUUUACGUAUGAAGUCCUCUCGAAGGAAUAGACAAGGUGCUGCACGAAGAAGGGGAUAUUUCCCUAGACGGGAGCAGCAGAUGCUUACACGGAAACCGCCAUCAGGGUCUAAUUAUAACAACGGUUCAAAGUCAAGACCUGGAGGUAGAGAGGCUAACUGGCGAAACAAGCAGCAACCGCGUAGACGCCAACAGCAAGGAGCGUCCAGACGUCGUGGAAAUAACAAACAAGGUAGGCGAAAUAGGUGGAAUAAACAAAACACUGGCGGUGGAUAUAACGCCCGGAACAACCAACAACCGCAGGAUGCGGCGCGUAAUGAAGGCGGUAUUAGCCAACCGUUAUCUGGUAAUCCCGGAUCGUCGUAUCAAAAUCAAAACGCAGCUGCAGGUAAUAGGUAUAACACGGCUUCUCCUAGCAACGCCUAUGCUAAUGCAGCUUCACAGGCUGGGAAUGCGGCCGUGCAGCCUAGUCCAUAUCCUGGUCCUGCCUCUGCUCAAGCUCAAAAUAGCAAUUACUAUAACCAGGGCGGCAGUGCCUACAAUCAAGGACAAGGGACUACUGCGGGUAACGCUUACAAUAUGGGUGUAUCGUCAAAUCAAGGAGCAAGUUAUAACAAUGCUGCUGCAACCUACCAGCAAGGGUUUACUAAUUACGGAACCGAAACAGGAGCCGGAACAGUGUUCGGAACUGGCUCAGGGACGAACACUGCAGCCUUCAACACACCGAAUUAUAAUUCUGCUGUGGUGCCAGGACAGCAGCCAAGGUAUAAUAACGAUCAAUACAACGCUAAUCAAGGUUCCGGCGUCGACAUGUUUGGGUUAGGAAAUAAUCAAGGACCCUCGUACAACUACAACAAUCAAGCAAUGCAAAUAGCAAAUUACGAUGCAAGCGGAAAUCAAAUGCAAUCAGAUGCUUACAAUAGUGCAGGAUCGUGGGGAGGACAGAACUCGAAUAGGAACAACCAAAAUAGCCAAUCUAACUGGAAUACAGGCAACUCGUUUGGUCAAGGUCAAACCCCCAAUGCGGUCAAAGAUUCAAUAGGUGGUUAUAUGACGAUGAAUAACGCUAACUCCAUGUCAGCUUCAAAAUCUGAUUCAACAAAUACAGGUUCAUCUAGCACCGGAACAAAUCAACAAAAUGUUGCUCAGACAAUGUUAAAAAUGUUAGAAACAUUGAAGACAGCGGCAGCUAAUGCGACGUCUGCGACCAGUUCAUCUUCUCGUACAAGUAAUACUCAGGAAUCCGUGCAAAUAUCAAAAGGUAUGGAAGCUGCUAUAAAAACAGCCAUUUUAAAUGCCGCAAAGGACCUCAGUAAUAAAAUGACACAAAAGAAGGCGACUCCUUAUGUUGGCACUCAAGAAACAUAUCAGAUGCCUCCAUCAGUUCAGGCUGUCGACACGCCAUUCAAAGCUGCUGUCCCAAGUCCAUUGGGAUGGGCACAACCAACAACAACUGCGCAGUCGUGGACACAAGCACCAGUGACUACUCCGGCACCUGCUGCAGCCCCUAACCAAUGGGGCCCUACAGGCGGAUUGUGGGGACCCUCUGCACCAUUUAACUAUUACCAGGUUACAACACCUGCUGGUGGGAAUGCCGGCGGGCCUUGGGGAACGCCCGCACCGACUACUCCCAAUGUUUCGUUUCUAGGUGCUAUGAGUCGAAAUCGGUCGAGCCCGACGAGCACCAUGAUGCCAAGAACAGGUAUGAAUCCAAUGCAGGGAUUUCAACAAAUGUUACUAGCGUCGGCAUUUUUCAACAAAAAAUAAUCAAAUAGUUAUAUUGUUGUAUAAAACCUCGGAAGUACGAUGUGAUUGACAGUCUAUUCUAUGCAUUUUUGCAUCUAACAAUCUCUGGAUUUUAAUAUUGAGGAAAGACAAAACUAGUGGAAUUGCAAUUGAAACAGUGAAAUACUUGUUCGAACUGGACUGGGUCGAUCGUCGGCGACCAUGUAGCUCAGUUGGUGGAGUUUCCGUCUACGGUUUGAACGGUCCCGGGUUCGAACCCCGGUCUGGCCGUUGCAUUUCUCUUUCCCCUGUUAUAUACUAAAACAAUAUAGUUUUGUCAUUGUGUUUGCUAUUUCUAAACUAGGUAUAACGAAUGCCUAAGGGUAGAACGCAUACUUUCGGACCAUUAGUAUAGUAGUUACAACGGCAGAGAUGAAUGGAUGCUAUCUUCAGACUAAUUUGAAGCGUGUUCGUGUAAAUGUUCCUUGUGGAAAUAGUUUGUACGUAAGUCAUGCUUGUAAUUUUGUGUAAUGUGGACACAUGGACAAUUUAAUAUAUUGCCCGUUCCGUGAUAAUUCGACUGUCAGCGGGACAGUGCCAUUAUUAAGGUGAAUUGAAAAUUGAACUACCCACUAUGUGUGUAGUGAUACUACUGUUAUGUUCUGUCAAAAACGUAACAUAUUUGUUUUUGAAGAGAUAUGUUAUUUCGCAUGAUAAAGUUGUUUUUAGAAAUAAUGUUUAUUUGCCUAUGCAUCGUUGCAUUACGCAGACCUCUUUAUAGAUGUAUAUGUCAAAAUUUGUGAAUGUGUUCACGAAAUUCCCACAUAUAAAAAGGUAAGAUAUAUAUCUAUAUAUUUAUCAAGCCGGAUAUAUAUAUUUACAUACAUUAUGUACUUAUUAAGACGGAAUCCCGUUGAAAUCAAACUUGCUAACUUAUUACUGCGUGGAAUUAUAUGUUUAUAGUUUCAGUGGACACUCACGUAUAACAUAAUGUAUGCUCGAAUCUUCCUUGUUUUUAAGUAAAUAUGUUAAAAAUAAGACUUAUGAUAAUUUCCUUUCUGUUUGAAUGUAACGGAAAGUGGUAUUGGCUGAUAUAAUUCUUUUGAGUGUGAUUCAAAUGCUUUUAAAAGGCAAGUGACACCAAAUACCACAAACUUGUCCUGGAUGAAGCUGCAUGCCAAAAGUACGAAAAUUACAUCAAUGUUGUUCUCUGUGACAAAAACAUUUUUUUUAAAAUUUAUGAGAAAGUAUUUUUUUUAUAAAAUAUUUACAGAAAAAGCAAAGUAAACAGAUCCUUAGAUUAAUACAGAAAUAAACAAAACAAAUUUCCGGAGUGGCUAUUGACACUCGGGCUUGAUUGGCACAAAACGGUAUGCCGGCUGGCGGAUUCCGGAAAGUUUUUAUGUGGUGAUAGUGAUUAUUCGUAGGCGGUUGUGUAUAUCCGGAUAGGGCUAAGAAAGAUACAUUUAAGCUUUGCUCAACAAAAUACCAAGUGAAUGGAUUAGUGACUAUUUUUUUUGUUUUAAUUUUUGACUUUGUAUUUUGAAAUAUGAAAAGAUGUUUAAGUAUUGCAAUUUCCUUUUGUUAUUUUUGAGUAAAUAAAAUUUGAAGAAAAA